AUGGACUUCUGGUCGCGCCUGAUUGCGAACACCCCCUUAGCCGAGAGCUCGCGACGAGAAUCCGCGAAGGACCCCGUCAGACGCCUGCGGCGUUUCGAGAAGGAAUACAGCCGUCUUCUGCAAGCAUGGCGCCACUCCUCCAACCUCGCCAACGAUUAUGAGGCCGCCGAGGAGGUCGAGAUCCGCCUGCAAGACCUCACCGAUAUCCUCAGCGACGAGACCCGGCGGCCCCUCCCCCACCCCUGCAUCGCCUUCUCGGCCAACAAGCAGUUGUACAUACCCAUCGCAAAAAUAGCCACCACCUCGUACAAUGAAUGGAUCAUCAAGGAGGCUGUGCUGUUCUUCGCGACCCUCGUCGAGAGCGAGGAGGAGGCGUUUGUUGAGACUGAAGCAUUUGCUUCCAGUCUGACGAACCUGCUUGUUAAGAUCACAGGUGCCAACAGCGUCCCCUUCGGCUCGGACACCGAGUCAAGGGUCGUCGAACUGGCCUUCAAUAUCACCACCAAGAUCCGGCUGGAACCAAACAUUUUGUCCUCGUGGUUCAAACUUCACCGCGACAGGCAGCAGGGCGAGAGAAGCCAGGACACCCGGGACAAAUUUGAGGGGAGGACACAAAAACAGGACUUCCCCCUGUUCUACCUGCUGGUUGAUUACAUCCAUCAUGAGGGCAAGGUCGGUGACUUUGCGAGGACCGGCCUGCUCUACAUCAUCGAGGCUGCCUCCAAUUCGGUCGAGCUCGAGCAGUGGAUUGUAGAGAGCGAUCUAUCAACGCUCAUGGCCACGGGUCUCGGAGCGCUUUACAGUCAGCUGAGUGGGAAGCUGGUCAUAGACUAUCCGUCCCACGAUCUUCCCCCUAUUCUCGCCCUGUCGGAUUAUCAGCCCCCCGUCGCGACCCAAGAGGUCAUGCCGUCGACAGACCCGGGAUUUCAAGCAAAUCUGGAGACAUUUUUAUCACAUCUGGUGUUCUGGCAGGACGUGCUUAAUCAUUGCAAGUCUAUCGAAGUCAAGUCGACACUGUUGGAGCACUUCCAGAUCAUCUUCCUACAACAGUUACUAUACCCGUCUCUUCUAGAAUCUUCCGACCUCGAUGGAGGCUCGUCAGUGGCAGUUUUGACAUAUCUGCGCCAGAUACUCGAGGCCCUGGAUCAUCCUGACAUGAUUAACCUCAUUCUCCACUACCUGCUUGGUUUGCCGGAUAUUGAGACGUCAUCACCAGAAGCCACUUCGAAUUCCGUCAGUAAGGCUAGGAAAAGGAAAUCGAUGGAUCUAGCGACAAUGAUGGCCGCCAAAGCCGAUGACACUCUCGACCCUCUUUUGUACACCCUCGUCGAUCUAAUCCUCGCCUGUCUACGAUCUCCCAGUCACCAGACCAUACAUGUCACACUUCAACUCGUGUCAGCGAUCCUUAAGAGGCACCAUCGAUACGCUGUAGUAACGCUGAUACGAACUGAGAAUCUCUAUGGGGAUAUACCACACCGCACCGUCGGGGCCCAGCAGCAGGAACUGGAAUUCCUGAUGUCCCUUGCUGGGACGAUUGGAGGUCAAGAUAACUUUGACGAGGUUUACGAAAACAUCCUGAAGGACACCACAUCACGACUAGAGAGCCAUCCAUGUUCUCUGAAGCUCACGGUGCCCAAGAUAAACGUCAACAACCACAAGUUGCCCUCCGCGCCGGACUCCCUGCCAGGUGCUCCCCGGGAUGUUCGGGCGCAUACUAUACGAUCCGACGAUCCGUUGUUAACCACUCUACUUGAUCAUUUGGAGCUAUUCUUCCUCAACCCGGUCGAGACAAAUCUUGGUAUCACGGAGACACUGUUUGAUCUUGCAAUCUGUGGCUUCAUGAGUCUCGAGGGCUGGCUUCUACGACAUCCCGAGACCUACAUCUACGACGCAGACGAUGCAUAUCAGCCUCUAUCUCCGAGAGAACAGGGUGACGAUCCUCUGGAUCGAGACCUUGAAAAGAUGCUUGCUGAGGAUCCUGAAGCACUCGAUAAAAUCAACAAAUGCCGCCGCAGGCCAACGUGGUCUUCGUCCAAUUUACCACGACUAUUGAAGAUACUGCAGCUGCUCUCCGACGAGGUUGCCACAUACCGCGAGACGAUCCCCCGGUUCCAUGAUCUUCUUCAGCAACGACGAGAAUCCUUCCAGAUUGCCGACUCUGCGUCUACCCCCAUGCCCAGACGCAUUCAGCCACCCUCUAGCACACCCGGUUCAGCCACACCCGCCUGGGCUCCGUCGAGUAUGAACACCUCUAGGAGCGGCUCUCCUCAACGGGCAGGCGGGCUAGAGGGUUUCGCGCAGCGUAUACUAAAGGACCUCAACGACCUUGGGACACCCAGUCGUUCCAACAGCCCACGCGGCCCGCACCUGGCCGUCCCAGGCGGACCACCCCUGGCAGGAGGCUUUGGGAUAGGAACCCCCUCAUCCGUCAACAAGGGCCCACCUGUUCCGCCCAAAGACACCUACAAGUUCGAAACGCCGACCAAAGGCGGAGGUGGACUCCACCGGCCGUUCUCCCCCGCGGGCCAACAUUCUGAUCAGGACCCGGUCAAGGCGAGCCAGGCCGCUGCUUUCCAAGCAGUGGACCAGCAGAUACUGGCGAGGAAGGUCGGCCUCCCUGAUAAGACAAAGGUCACCACCGCACCGCUCAAGCUGGGAGGGAAGAUCGAGGACGAGACACCCCCGACGCCACCGGCCAAGGACGACGCACCCGGCGCAGACGCACAGAACGAGAGCGCACCAGCUGCAGACGGCGACAAAGAUGACACGCAGAGCAGCGUCGCGAAUGCCGACGCGCCCACGCCGCCUGAGGAGAAGAAGGUAUCCGUCUCGCACGUACUCACCAACAUUAUCGUCCUGCAGUCGUUCCUGUUCGAGCUGGCCGCUCUGGUGCAGGUGAGGGCUGGUAUCUUUGACGACGAGGUGCGGUUCAUAUAG